AUACACUCGAACUUAACAUGAACAAGCUCGUCUGCUCCACCUUCGCCAUUCUGGCAAUAAUCGCAAUUUCUCAGGUUCAAUCAGCAGUACUACCAGUGUCCUCAAAAGAAGUAGCAUUAAUAACAUCAUCUGCUUCAACCACUUCAUCAUCUGAAACAUCAAUUGAUACAUUAGGAUCAUCCAGAGUUAAAAGACAAGGAGGAUGUGGUUGCUGUGGAUGCGGAUGCGGAUGCUGCGGAUGUGGUGGAGGAGGUGGAGGAGGAUGCGGAUGUUGCUGUUGUAGACCAAAAUGCUGCUGCUGUUGCCGCCGUUGCUGUACAUGUUGCCGUACUUGCUGUUGUACAAGAUGUUGUACUUGCUGCCGUCCAUGUUGUUGUGGAUGUGGAUGUGGAUGUGGAUGUUGUGGAUGCGGAGGUGGAGGACGUAAACGUCGUUCUCUUCAGAAUCUCCGUAUUGCUUUGGCUAACAAAAUCGAAGGAAUCGCCAAAGUCGUGAAGGGAUCCGCUGUAGAAGCUUCAGUUAUGAACGCAUUGGCUCCUGUCAAUGAUGCUACGGUUGAAGAGAAGAAAGACGUGAUCAACUGAGCGAUGCGUUUGUUAAACUAAUUUAAUUAAUUUAAUUUGAAUUCUGUGAUUCUCACUUCAGAGAAAUAAAUAGUUGAUUCUCUCUUG